AUGCUCGGACCUCAAUGUGAUUGGUUGGGGACGGACGAUUGUGAGGCCGUCUCGUUGUGGCUAUAUGAAGAUGAAGGAGACGUCAAGGUCACCUUUGAACAAGGUUUCCUUGAACGGACACAGCACGACAGCACGGCAGAACUCCAAAAGGAAAAUACCACCAAAAAUCCCACCGUGGCAGGCAAGAUGGUGAAGAUCAUCGUCGGGAUGAUGGGCAGCAGCGUGGCAAAGGGAUCGUCCUCGCUCUCCACGCCCAUCCAAGUGACAUCCUUCCUCAACACCGUAUCCAAGCACGGCUUCGUGCACGAACUCGACACGGCACGCGUCUACAACGGCGGGCGCUCCGAGGAACUCCUCGGCGAGACGGACGCCCACAAGCGGUUCGCCAUCUCGACCAAAGCACCGGCGUUCGCGGCCGGCUCGCUCGCUGAGCAAAACAUCAUCGCCAACUGCCGGAAGUCGCUCGCCGCGCUGAAGCAGGACAAGGUCGACAUCUACUAUCUCCACGGCCCGGACCGCACCGUCGCUCUCGAGGAGCAGUGUCGCGCGAUCGACGGGCUGUAUCGCGAGGGGCGGUUCGAGCGGUUCGGCGUGUCGAAUAUCUCGGACGCCGAGGUCCAAAGCAUCCAUGACAUCUGCGUGCGUGAGGGAUACGUCUUGCCCAGUGUGUACCAGGGCGGGUAUAAUCCGAUUGGACGCGGGGCGGAGAAGACGUUGUUCCAGCUGCUCCGGAAGCUGGGGAUGGCAUUCUAUGCGUUUUCGCCGCUCGCGGGUGGGUUGUUGGCGAAGCCAUUGGCGGAGAUCAGGACGCCGGCCAAGGGGUCGCGGUUCGAUGAGAUGAAGAUCUUUGGGGACAUCUACCUCACGAAGGAGAUUCUGGGGGCAUUGGAGAUGGUGCAGAGUAGGUGUGAUGUCGAGGGCGUGCCGUUGAUGGAGGCGACGAUGAGGUGGUUCGUGCAUCAUUCGCCGCUGGGGAAGGAGGAUGGCGUCAUCAUUGGUGCGUCGACGGAGGCGCAGAUUGAUGCGAGUUUGAAUGCUUGUGAGAAGGGCCCGUUGUCGGAGGAGAUGCAGAGGAAGUGGGCGGAGCUUUGGGGUGUGUUGAGUAAGAAUCCGCCGAGAUAUCACAGCUGA